AUGGACCCUACCCUUCACCGCUACGCCGAGAUGAGCGUGCGCGACAUGCAGGGCGACGACCUGGAACAUGACGAGGACGAGCUCGAGUUCGGCUCAUCGGACGAGACCUCUACCUUGACGUGGAUUACCUGGUUCACCUCGCUGCCUGGGCACGACUACUUCUGCGAGGUCCACGAGGACUUUAUCGAGGACGACUUCAACCUCACUGGCCUGCAAUCGCUCGUCCCCUUUUGGAAGGAGGCGCUGGAGAUGGUGCUUGACGUCGAGCCAGAGGAGGACUCGGCCAAGAUUCCAGACGUGUCGAUUGUCGAGUCGUCGGCUGAGCUGCUGUACGGUCUCGUGCACCAGCGCUUUAUCCUGACCAAGCCGGGACUUGCCAUGAUGUACGAGGCUGGUCACUUUGGCUGCUGCCCCCGCGUGUUCUGCCACUCCACCCACGUCCUCCCCUGCGGCCGUUCCGACAUGCCCGGCAUUGACACUGUCAAGCUCUACUGCCCCAACUGUGGCGACAUUUACACCCCGCCCAGCAGCAAGUAUUCGCAGGUCGACGGCGCCUUCUUUGGCACCUCGUUCUCCCCGCUCUUCUUCCAGACCUACCCCGAGCUCCUCUCGGCACCCUUCGCACCGGGACAGGCCGGCGGCGCCACCAGCUCGGCCGCCACCCCGUCAGACCGCCACAUGUCGCCGUCGCCAAGGGGCGGCGCUGUCGGCGGCGAGACUCUGACCAACCCCAACAUUCACGGCGGACAGCGCCCCGCCCUCGGCAAGGUCUACGUCCCGCGCAUAUACGGCUUUAAAGUGUCGGAGCGCGCCAGGAGCGGACCCCGUAUGCGCUGGCUGCGCGAGCGGCCAGAGCGGUACGACGAGCUCCAGCAGGUGGACUGGAAGGGACGAUGGAAGGACGGUUCGGGCCCCCAGGGUGCCGGCGAGGGCGAGACCGCGCCAAAGGAGGCACGUAAUGGCCGACUGUUCGACGACGAGGACGACGAGGAUGGAGAGGAGGAGGAAGAGGAGGAGGAGGACGCCGCCGCCGCCGCUGCCGCGGCCGUUCCGGCAACAGCGCAGCGCCUGCGGUAA